GGCGCCCCCGCCGCCACCAGGUUUCCCACCGCCAAUGGCGCCCGCGGCACCUGCGGCGCCUGCGCUGCCCGCCCCAGCCGCGCCAUUGGCAGUGCCGGGACAUCCGGUGCCGCUGAUGGGCGUCCAGGCGGCCCACGCAACGCAGGUGGCGCACCUGCAGGCGCAGGCGCAGGCAAUGGCGCUGGCGCAAGCGCAGGUGGCGCAAUUGGCGCAGGCGCAGAUGCUGGCGCAAGCCCAGGUCAUAGCCGCAGCGCAGCAGCAGGCGCAGGCUGCUGCAGAGGCCAAAGCUGCCGCGGAGAAGAAGGCUCAGGCCAGGUUGGCCGAGAGAAGGAGAGAGGCGGAGGCCAAGGCACAGGCGGAGGCGGUGGCCAAAGCGCAGGCCUUGGCCAAAGCUGAGAGGGAGGCCAAUCCCGAGCAGCCUGCGGAGGUGGGGGUAAGGUCUGCGGAUCACCCCCUGCCAAUGUCCGAGCGCAGAACGGAAGCUUUCAUGGGCCUCGCACUCAGCCAGGCACCGGCGGAGCGUGGCGCUCAGCCCGUGUUGGUGGAGUCCAGCUCCGGCCGCGGAUCAGUGGAUUGUCGGCACGACGGCACCGGUGUUUUGGCAAGGUCCAAGACGGACAACGCUUCUGAGGCCAGGCAUUGGAGAAUCGCCCGAAGACAAUCCGUGUCCCCAAAGGACAGGUCGGAGAAGGCGGGCACGGGGUCACGGGAGCGGACCAUGGGGCAAAAGUCUUCGAGACGCUGUGAUUGCCAGGAAAAGAAGAAGGAGGACAAGAGGAAAGAGGAGAAGAGGAAAGAGGAGAAGAGAAAAGAGGAGAAGAGAAAAGAGGGAAAAAAAGAGGAGGAUGAGGAUACCAAAAGCAAAGAGAAGGAGAAGGAGAAAGAUGAUAAGAGCGAGAGCGAAGAGAAGGAUGCGAAGGAGAAAAAACGCGACCGAAGCAAAAGCAGAAGUCGCAGCAGAAGUAGAAGCCGUAGCGGCAGCAGGAGCAGACGGAAGGACAAAAGCAAAGACCGGCGCGACAAGAAGGAGAGAAGAGAUAAGAGCCGCAGCCGGGAUAGAAGAGACAAGGGCCGGCGCAGAAGGAGCAGCCGAAGGAGCAGGCGGCGCCGCAGCCGGAGCCGCCGGCGCAGCAGCCGAAGCCGGCGGCGAAGCAGCCGGAAGAGCAGGAGCCGGGCAAAGCGAAAGAGCCGGAACCGCAGCAAGAGUGAGAAGAAGCCCUCCAGCCGGAGCCGUGCAGGCCGCGCCGAGCAGAAGCGAGCCAUCUCGCCGGAGUCCAUGCCGCUGCGGGAGGACGCCCGGCCGGCCGAGCCGGUGGCUGCCCAGGUGGCCGCCCCGGUGGCCGCCCCGGUGGCCGCCCCGGUGGCCCCGGCGGAGCCCGAGGCACCUCGGGCGCCGGAGGCGUCUCCUUCUGGUGAGCCGGAGAAGCCGCGGAAAAGGUCAAAGUGGGACCAGACGGGCCCUGGCGGACUGCCGGAGUGGUUGGCGGACUUAGCGCCCAAAGAGCCUCGGGCACGGAGCCCUGGAGACGGCUCCCGGCGCUGUUGGGUCCUCCUCGCGCUGCUGCCUCUGGCGCUCUCAGGCGCGGUGGAGGAGGACUGCGAGGACGACACCUGCGCCUUGCGGCUGGUCCAGCGGCAGGCUGCCAAGAUCUCGAUCUCGACAGAGCUCAACACCUCGCGCGCGGAAAGUGGCGUUGCGUGGCAGGGCAACAAGGAGACUGGCACCACGUGCCUGAUCUACCACUGCGGCAAGGCCUUGGGCCCCACGGAGUGCCACCACUACCGCUGCAUUUGUGCGCAGGGCUACCAGUUCAGCGACCUCACCAAACGCUGCGAAGCGGAUAACUCUUCGCCCGUGCAGCGCGACACUGGGGGCUCCUGCUGGAUGUGGCCGUGCAGCAGGUGGCGAGGCCCAACGACUUGUGUGAAGCACAAGUGCUGGUGCCUUGAAGGCUACAAGGCCGUGCGGGGCUACUGCGAGAAGGACUCCACACCGUUGCCGGAGACCACCACCACAGCUCCCGGCGAAGGCCUUGCAACGGCCACUGGGGCGCCACCCGCCAUGCAGACUUCCUGUGCCUGGGGCGAAGAGCAGUGUGGCGGCCCGGGCUGGAAAGGCCCCACCUGCUGUGAGGCGGGCUACUACUGUGAUGGCAAGGUGUGUGCGAAGAUCACGGAGACUGUAGAGGUGAAGAAGUACGGCUUUAGCUCCGAUCUUCGGAAAGCGAGCAAAGGCAAGCUCUUCACCUUCUACGUUUACCGCGCCCAGGGGAAGACAAGCUACCCCCCCGAGAAUGUCAACGUGGCGGACCUCGGCGGGGUGAUGUGGUACCUUCACAAUGAGAUUGUGGGCCGGGCGGACUGGGGCUACAAGCGAAAGUUCGACAUCACCCGCAUCUUGCGCUACAAGGUGCAGAGCAGGGCCACGCAGGCCUUGGUGGAUCGGGGCAUGAACUUUGGGGUGCGCUUCGCCUUCGACUCAGGCCAGUGCACAGGGCCCUUCAGCUGCGACGAGGCCUGGCAGAACUACGGUUACGUUGUGGGCUGCAACAAGCUGCAGACUGGCUUCCCCUUCCCGGACUUCAAGGUGGCCUAUGAUGGCACUUGGUACAGCCUUCCUGGAAAGUGCCCGCAGAUGAAGUUUUUCGAGAAGACCAACAAGAGCGAAGGCAGCCGUGGCCUUGACUGCCUCGCCAACCAGCCCGGAGGCUUCUGCGAGGAGCCCUCCGGCACCGCGGAUUGCACCUACAACUUUGAAGAUGCCGGGGAGAUCGAUCUGGACGAGCUGGAGAACAUCAACGGGGACUACGAUGGCUGGAUCAAGUCCGGCAACCGUGAGUACGACAGGAUCACGGACCACGGCACGGGCAUGACCUUCUGGGACAAGCUGAACGAUCCUGAGCUGGCAAAGAAGCGGGUGGCGGCGGCGAAGGCCUUGUUCGAGAAGCACUAUCCGGGCUCCUACGAUGACAUCGACGAGCCACCCUGUGACUUCGAUUUUUUCGCCUUCUACAAAAUGGCACCAGGAGGGUUCAAGGACAACGGACCGCAGCAGCCCAAGAAGAUAAAGGAGCCGCCCUGCGGAAGUGCUCAGCCGGGCGACAAAUGCUACGAGGAGAUCUCCUGGGCCAAGUCCGACGGCAUUUACGCGAACCCCGACUGGUACCCGGGGCUCACGCCGGAGAGCCCCCUCGACGACUUCCAGCGGGUCAUGCACGGUGCCGGGCUUAGUGGGAAGCAGCGGCGGCACCGCGUGCCCCAUGCCUUGCGGGGUGCUCUCGUGAAGGCGCCGCCCGGCGUGGAUCCGGGUCGCUUUAAGGUCAUCAAGAUGGAAGCUGUCCAGAUUCGGGCUCUCAUCGGCAAGGGAGGAGAGACGGUUCAGGAGAUCCGCCGCAACAGUGGCUCCGAGGUGAAAAUUGACCACCAGCCGUCAGAACCUGUUGGCACGGUUACCAUCAUUGGCGACCUGGCGAAGACGGAGCAGAUGAUUCAGGAUGCCUUGACGGCCAAGGGAGCCAACCCGACAACCCUGAACCCAGCCAAGACACUGCCGGGCGCCCCCGGCAGGCCACGGGAGAUUUCCAUCCCGCAUGACCUGGUGGGGGGCUUGAUUGGCCCUGGCGGCUCCACCAUCAACGACAUCCGGCAAAAGGCCGGAGGCUCGGUCCACAUCUCCGUGCUGCAAGCCUCCACGCCUGGAGGGCCGCAGACCUGCCGGAUCACGGGCCCCGAGGAGCUUCUGCCGCAAGCAGAGGAUUUGAUCAACACCAAGAUGAGCGAGCUGCUGGUCAACCGGGUGCCACGUGGGGGCGGUGGUGCCUUGCCGCCGCAGUACGGCGCGGUGCCGCCCUAUUCUCCAGCACCGCCCAACCAGUUUGCCCCACCGGCCAUGGCUCCUGGCCCUGUCGGUGCCUCCUAUGGCGACAUGGGAGGCCCGCCGUCCUUCGACGCCAUGGGAGGCCCGCCCUCCUUUGACAGCAGCAUGGGAGGUCCCGGCCCCGGGCCUGGUGGCCCGCCCUUCGGUGGCGCAGGUCCACGUGUGGUUCCGCCACCCGACGCGCGCCCGCCCACCAGCGUCUUCUCGAAUAUCCGGCCACCAGCGCCGCAGCUCCAGGGAGCCUCUGCGAAAGGUGGCAUGCCUCGCCCACACGGGCCCUGCGGGGGCUGUGGGGGCUGCGGCGGCUACGGCGGCUGUGGCGGUUGCUGCGACUGGGGCCAGGGCGGCUGGGAGGAAGGCUGGGACGGCUGGGAUGGCAGCUGGGGUGGCGGCUGGUAG